AGCUCCCAGUUCUGUCUCAUUGCUUCUCACUCAGUCUUAUGGAACACCACUUAUUACUGGGAUUCGACGGGAACUAUACCGUAUCAAGAGCAGUGGGGGAAUGGAAAUUAUGACGUUGAAUUGACAGAGGAGACAAUUGUUGUGAAGGCCAUCCUCAACAUCUUGUACAACAUUUCAACAAAGUUCCUGUCGCCUCCAUCUUGCGAUCAAUUUAUACCUGUCCUUGCCCUGAUACUUCCGAUAAAACGGAAGAUUGCUCUGGUUCGUAUCUGAGAGUUGUAAAUCUUCCUUUUUCUCGUGUGCUUUUUCCAUUCAUAAAGUUGAAGUUUCACGUACUUGUCUCUCCAGCCCCGCGCCUUGUCAUACGGACAUGACAGAACAGACAAUGAGCGGCCCAAACGGCCAAUUGCCUGGCGAUGGCACUGGCGUCCUCGCAAUCGACCCUUGGCUUGCCCCAUUCAAAGACGCGCUUCGACAUCGGUUCAGCAAAGCGCAGGAAUGGAUCAAGAAACUCGACGAGACCGAAGGAGGAUUGGACCAAUUUAGCAAGGGGUUCGAGCGCUAUGGUCUCAAUGUUCAGAGCAACAACGACAUCAUAUAUCGAGAAUGGGCUCCAAACGCCACAGAGGCAUACCUUAUCGGCGACUUCAACAACUGGGACCGGAAUUCCCACCCCAUGAAGAAGAACGACUUUGGUGUCUGGGAGAUCACCCUCCCCGCCCAAAACGGCGAGCCAGCAAUUCCCCACGACUCCAAACUCAGAUUAUCUCUUGUUGCCCCCGACCACCCCGAACGUCUCGAACGCAUCCCCGCCUGGAUCACCCGCGUCACCCAAGACCUCACCAUCUCCCCCGUCUACGAAGCCCGCUUCUGGAACCCUCCGCAGUCCUCCCGCUAUGUCUUCAAGAAUCCGCGACCCUCGAAACCUAUCUCCGCCCGCAUCUACGAAGCGCAUGUCGGCAUCUCUUCUCCCGAUCCCAAGGUCGCCACCUACAAGGAGUUCACGCAGAACGUGCUCCCGCGGAUCAACCAUCUUGGGUACAACGUCAUCCAGCUGAUGGCGAUCAUGGAGCAUGCAUACUACGCGAGCUUCGGGUAUCAGAUCAAUUCGUUCUUCGCGGCAAGCUCGCGGUACGGGCCGCCGGAUGAUCUGAAGGAGUUGAUUGACACGGCGCAUGGGAUGGGAAUCACGGUGCUGUUGGACGUAGUGCAUUCGCAUGCGUCGAAGAAUGUGUUGGACGGGUUGAAUGGGUUCGAUGGGACGGAUCAUUUGUAUUUUCACUCCGGGGCGAAGGGUAAUCACGAGCUGUGGGACUCAAGGUUGUUUAACUACGGGCAUCAUGAGGUGCUGCGGUUCCUGUUGAGCAACUUGCGGUUUUGGAUGGAGGAAUACCAGUUUGAUGGAUUCCGGUUUGAUGGCGUGACUAGCAUCCUCUACAAGCACCAUGGCAUUGGCUACGGCUUCUCCGGUGGAUAUCACGAGUAUUUCGGCGACACCGUCGACGAAGAAGGCGUCGUCUACCUGAUGCUCGCCAACGAGCUGUUGCACAAACUCUACCCCGACUCCAUCACUAUCGCGGAAGAUGUCUCGGGCAUGCCGGCGCUCUGCAUGUCGCUCGCACUGGGGGGAAUCGGCUUCGACUACCGUCUGGCCAUGGCCAUCCCCGACAUGUACAUCAAGCUCCUUAAGGAAAAGCAAGACAUCGAUUGGGACAUGGGCAACUUGGUCUUCACGCUCACCAACCGGCGAGACAAGGAGAAGACCAUUGCAUACGCUGAAAGCCAUGAUCAAGCCCUCGUCGGCGACAAAACCCUCCUCAUGUGGCUCUGCGACGCCGAAAUGUACACGCACAUGUCCGUCCUCUCCCCACUCACCCCGACCAUCGACCGUGGCCUCUCCCUCCACAAGCUCAUCCGCCUCCUCACCCACGGCCUCGGCGGCGAAGGCUACCUCAACUUCGAAGGCAACGAAUUCGGCCACCCCGAAUGGCUCGAUUUCCCGCGCGACGGCAAUGGCAACUCCUUCCACUACGCCCGCCGCCAGUUCAACCUCAUCGACGACCCGUUGCUGCGCUACCGCUUCCUGAACGACUUCGACGCGAAGAUGCAGCAUACCGAGGAGAAAUAUCACUGGUUGGCGGCGGACCCCGCGUUUGUCAGCUUGAAGCACGAGGGCGAUAAGGUCAUCGUCUUCGAGCGCGCGGGCCUCCUGUGGAUCUUCAACUUCCACCCCUCCUCCAGCUUCGCGGACUAUCGCGUUGGGGUUGAGACGCCUGGCACGUAUCGAGUUAUCCUCAACAGCGACGCGAAGGAGUUCGGAGGGCAUGGGAGGGUGGAGGAGGGGACACGGUUCUUCACGACGGCAUUUACGUGGAAUGGGAGGAAGAACUUUUUGCAGGCAUAUAUUCCCAGUCGGUCGGCGGUGGUGUUGGCGCUGGAGAAUACGUUGUGAGAAGGGGUCUUUUCUAUGGGGUGGGCUAGGGACGAGAUGGGUUAGGGACUGGAAGUAAGAUAUUGUAAUAGAUUCAUAGCAUGAAUCGAAUGAGGGAUUUUCCAUGUCUUUUUAUCGAAUUCAUAAUAGUAUUGAACGGCUCGAUAUGCAUCAAAUGUACGGAGUAGGAACGUAUAGAUCGCCAGCCCAUCAUUGUU